AGCAAAAGUCGUUGUGAGAAGUGACAAUGAACUUUUUCAUUAUUUUAAUUUUAUCGAUACUUCUCGAAUUCGGUUUUGGCGAAAAAUUCAACUGCCCUGGUCAUUAUGAAGUUUUCAAGCUUGAUGGAAGCGCGUGCGCCGAUCGAUGCAACAAACAUCUCGUAAAAUGCCCAGAUGAUCGUAAACCCGGCUGCUAUUGUAUGGAUGGAUAUGCUCGUGAUCUUGUAACCAACGUUUGUCGCCCUUACCCGUGCGAAGAUUGUGGCGAACAUGCUAGUUACCAAGUUUGUUGGAGCGAAUCCUGCGACAAUGAAUGUCGAUUUGUACUCAAAAAAGACUAUUGCAAAAUCGUCCAUAUAAAAUGUCCCGAUGGAUGUCACUGCGAUCCCGGAUACGCUCGAGCUUUGAACGGAACUUGCAUCCCGGAGUGUGAUUGUGCAGCAGAUUGGGAGCAAAAUUCGUGUAAAGGACCUAAUGAGGAGUACACAGAUUGUGGAAGUAGCUGUAGCGAGGCUUGUAGCAACGAAGAUACGAUGUGUCCAGAUGUUUGCCAAAAGGGUUGUUUCUGUCGCAAAGGUUACAAACGUCAUCCGUUGACUCGUGAAUGCAUUCCCGAAAAGGAGUGCCCUACAAAACCGCCGUCUUGUAAAGAUCCUAAUGAGGAAUGGAACGAAAAUGGUAAUCCUUGUUCCGAAGCAUGCGAUCGAGCAGUAAAAAUUUGCAAUUCCGACCCAAUUCCCGGUUGUUACUGCAAAAAAGGUUAUUUGAGAGAUCAGAUAUUGGGAAUUUGCGUCCUUGAAGAACAGUGUCCCUUGCUUGGCGAUGACUUGAUCUGUGAUAAAUCAGAAGAAUACAAAUGUGGAAAUAACUGUUGGGACAUCUGUACCGCUGAUGGAGUGGCGAUAAAAUGCAGUGGCGAUUGUCGUUAUGGCUGUUAUUGCAGAGAUGGUUUCAAGCGAAAUUCUGCCGGAGAUUGCGUUCCACAGGAAGAUUGUGGUUCUUGCAAAGAUCCUGAAGUGUUCACGCAUUGUGGAAAUAGAUGCCAAGAAAAGUGCAGCGAUGAUGACAUGCGUGUUUGUACUUUAGAAUGUGAAGUAGGCUGUUUCUGUAAAGAAGGUUACUAUCGAAAUUAUGCUGGAAUUUGCGUUCCAAAGGAAAAUUGUACUUCUUGCAAAGAUCCUAAUGAAGAAUACACAGAUUGUGGAACUGGCUGCGGCGAAGCUUGUGGCCACGAAAAUCUGUGGUGUAAAGAACGUUGUCGAGAGGGCUGUUUCUGUCGCAAAGGUUACAAACGUCAUCCCAUAACUGGUCAAUGCGUUCCCGAAAAAGAGUGCCCAAAAGAUUCAACUUGUUGUAAAGAUCCAAAUGAAGAAUGGAAUGAAAAUGGUCAUCGUUGCUCUGAAUCAUGUAAUCGUGAUAUACUUGACUGCACUAACGAAACAUCUCCGGGAUGCUACUGCCAAAAAGGUUAUUUGAGAGAUCCAAUAUUGGGAAUUUGCGUUUCUCAAGAUCAAUGUCCCGAGCUUGGCAGUGAUUUGAUCUGUGAUGAGACGGAAGAAUACAGAUGCGGAAAUAACUGUUGGGACUACUGUGAGGAUGGAGCGAUUAGAGAUUGUCCUAUGGAUUGUCGUUAUGGCUGUUACUGCAAAAAAGGAUACAAAUAUGAUCCUAAAAUGAAAAAAUGCGUCAAGAAAGAGGAAUGUCCGCCUGUUUCACAGUGCACUGGUCAUCAUGAAAUUUUCAAACCUGAUGGAAGCGCGUGCGCCGAUCGAUGCAACAAACAUCUCGUAAAAUGCAAAGAUGAUCGUAAGCCUGGUUGCUAUUGUAUGGACGGAUAUGCUCGUGAUCUUGUAACCAACGUUUGUCGCCCUUACCCGUGCGAAGAUUGUGGCGAGCAUGCCAGUUACCAAGUUUGUUGGAACGAAAACUGCGACAAUAAAUGCGCUUUCAUCCUCAAAAAGGACUAUUGUAAAAUCGUCUAUGCCAAUGUACAAUGUCCCGAUGGAUGUCACUGCGAUCCCGGAUACGCUCGAGCUUUGAACGGAACUUGCAUCCCGGAGUGCGAUUGUGAAGCAGAUUGGGAGCAAAAUUCGUGUAAAGGACCUAAUGAGGAGUAUCGCUUUGGCAGUAGAUGUCAAGAUGGAUGCGACAGAGAUAUUGUCAGAUGUAUCGAUGACAGAGCUUGGGGUUGUUAUUGCAUGGAAGGUUUUGCUCGAGACAAGAACACGAAUGUUUGUGUUCCAUAUCCAUGUCAUCCAUCAAAAGGUUAAUUUUAUGUGCUCGUAAUUUUUUUUUGUGCUUAAAUUUUAUGUUUUUUAUCGUCUGUCUGAAGCAAUAAAAGCUUAUCAAGAAUUUUUAUGCGCAAAAUUUGUUUAAAUAA